AUGGCUGCCAAGGACGUGACUAAUAAGCCGAGCGACAAGUCGGCUGAGAAGACCGUCGACAAGACCGCCCCCAACGACAAGAACAAAAAACCAGCCCGAAAGGAUGAAGAGGAGCUGUCUGAGGAGGACGAGAAGCUCAAGUCGGAGCUGGAGAUGCUGGUUGAGCGUCUGACCGAGAAGGACGAGUCUCUGUACGAGCCCUCGCUCGAGGCUCUCAAAAACUUCAUUCGAACCUCGACCUCGUCCAUGACCGCUGUGCCCAAGCCUCUCAAGUUUCUGCGGCCCCACUACCCCCAGCUUGCUGAGCUCUACGACACCUGGACCGAUGCCAAACACAAGCAGCAGCUCGCAGACGUGCUUUCCGUCCUCGCAAUGACCUACUCCGGCGACGGCAAGCGAGAUGCACUCAAAUUCCGACUCAAGUCGACCACCGACGAUCUGGGAUCUUGGGGACACGAGUAUGUUCGCCACCUUGCUCUGGAAAUCGGCCAGGAGUAUCAAUUGCAGCAGGUUGAGACCAGCGACGAUGCCAAGGAGGGCGUAACUCUGGACACCCCCAAUUCUGGUGUUGGAUCGCUCACCGACGUACGAAACCUGGGCAUCAAGCUGGUACCCUUUUUCCUCAAACACAACGCCGAAGCCGACGCCGUGGACUUGUUGCUGGAGAUUGAGGCCGUCGAGCAUCUACCUAAAUUCGUUGACGAAACCACAUACGCCCGUGUUUGCCAUUACAUGGUCGCCUGUGUGCCCCUGCUGGCACCCCCAGAUGACGUGGCCUUCCUACACACCGCUUAUGCUAUCUACCUGGCCCACCGCCAGCUGACCCAGGCUCUGGCCCUGGCGAUCCGUCUGGAUGACAUGGAGCUCAUUAAAUCGGUUAUGGAUGCUGCCAGUGGCGACGAUUUGCUGCAGAAGCAGCUGGCGUUCAUUCUAGCUCGACAAAAGUGCUACUUUGAUGUGGCUGACGAGGGCGUACAGGAGUGCAUGUCCAACGCCCUGCUGGCUGACCACUUCCGAUACCUCACUAAGGAGCUCAACCUGCUGGAGCCAAAGGUUCCAGAAGACAUCUACAAGAGCCACCUGGAGAACUCAAGAGACAUCAUCAUGUCGGGGGCCUUUGACUCUGCCAAGCAGAACCUGGCUGCGUCGUUCGUCAAUGCCUUUGUCAAUUGUGCUUACUCGGCAGACCGUCUGCUGACCAAUGGAGGUGCUGAGGAUGAUGGAGACGCUACUGCUGGAGGAGCAUCUGGUGCCUGGAUCUACAAGACCAAGCUCGCUGGAAUGUACUCCACCACAGCCUCUCUGGGAUCUCUGUUCCAGUGGGAUCUCAGUCGAGGUCUGCAGCAACUCGACAAGUACGCCUACUCUUCCGAGCCCCAGAUCAAGGCUGGAGCUCUUCUGGGUAUGGGUAUUGUCACUGCUGGUGUCUACGACGAGACAGACGCUGCUGUCGCUCUUCUUGCCGACCACAUCACCGAGGAGCCCUCAGCUGAGAACAACAACGGCAACGCAUACAACUUGAACCAGCUUUCUGCUGUGAUGGGUCUGGGUGUUGCAUACGCCGGAUCUCGACGGACAGAUCUUCUGGAUAUGCUCCUGCCUUUGGUUCAGGACACUGACACCUCCAUGAAGACCUCUGCCAUGGCUGCUCUUGCUCUGGGACACAUCUUCGUCGGCUCUGCUAACGGAGACGUCGUUUCUGCUCUGUUGGGAUCUCUGCUUGAGCGAGAUGCCAUCCAGCUGUCUGACAAGUGGGCCCGAUUCAUGGCUCUGGGUCUUGCUCUUUUGUUUAUUGGCAAGUACGAGGAGAUUGAGGAGGCAGUUGAGACUGUUCGAGCCAUUGACCAUCCUCUGGGCCGAAUCUGCGAGACUCUCAUCACUGUGUGUGCCUACGCCGGUACUGGUAACGUUCUGCAGAUCCAGAAGUUGCUGCAUGACUGUGUUGGAGAGAAUGUUACUGAGGGAGAGGCUGACGGAGAAGGCGAUGGUGAAGGUGAGGGUGCUGAGGGUGCUGUUGCUACCGCUGAGGGUGCUGAGGGUGCUGCGGAUGCUGCUGACGCCAUUGACGCUACCGCCGAAGCCGUCGCCGCCGAAGGAGAGGCUGCUGCUGAUGCUACACAGGAGGUGGACUCGGAAGAGGCCUCUUCUCACCAGGCAUACUCUGUUCUUGGUCUGGCCAUUGUUGCAAUGGGUGAGGAAAUUGGCCAGGAGAUGGUUCUCCGACACUUUGGUCAUCUCAUGCACUACGGCGAUGCCCAGGUGAAGCGAGCUGUUCCUCUUGCCAUGGGUCUGGUGUCUGCUUCCAACGCACAGAUGCGUGUGUUUGACACCUUGUCGCGAUACUCACAUGACGCCGAUAUGGAGGUUGCUCUGAAUUCCAUCUUCUCCAUGGGUCUGGUGGGAGCGGGAACUAACAACGCCCGUCUGGCCCAGCUGCUCCGACAGCUCGCCUCCUACUACUCUAAGGAUCCCGACGGACUUUUCACCGUCCGAAUCGCCCAGGGUCUGCUCUAUCUGGGUAAGGGUACUCUUACUGUGUCUCCUUUCCAUACCGAUCGACAGAUUCUGUCCAAGGUGUCUCUGGCAUCGCUGGUUACCCUUCUGGUGACCAUGAUCGACCCCAAGUCGUUCAUCCUAGCCGACAACCACUGGAUGCUCUUCUGGCUCACUAACGCCAUUCGUCCCCGCAUGCUCAUCACUCUGGACGAGAAGCUGGAGCCUAUCAAGGUGCCCGUGCGAGUCGGACAGGCUGUGGAUACAGUCGGUCAGGCCGGAAAGCCCAAGACCAUCACCGGCUGGGUCACUCAUAGCACUCCCGUGUUGCUGAGUCAUGGCGAGCGAGCCGAGCUGGAGGACGACGAGUACAUUCCUCUGGCCUCGUCUCUGGAGGGCGUUGUCAUUCUCAAGAAGAACCCCGACAGAAUGGAUGAGAGCAGUUAG